GUGGACAGACAUCAUCAAUCUUCACCUUCCUCCAUUUCUCCCAUUUUCGAACACGCACGAUUCUUCGUUAACCGCUCGUGCGAAUCUACCAUUGUCAAACAAUCUAGGGUUACAGCACUAGUUUGUAUUACUGUACUUCAAUUUCGGAUUCAAUGUCUGCCUUUGGCAUGGCUUCUGCUACCAAUACCAAUCCAAACAAGUCAACCGAGGUUGUAUCACCUCCGACGGAUGCUGUAUCAAGCCUUUGUUUCAGUCCCAAGGCGAAUUACCUUGUCGCUACUUCAUGGGAUAACCAGGUGAGAUGUUGGGAGAUAACAAAAAACGGAACUGCUCUUGGCUCUGUGGCAAAGGCAUCAAUAGCACAUGAUCAACCGGUUUUAUGUUCAGCUUGGAAGGAUGAUGGAACAACAGUCUUCUCUGGAGGCUGUGACAAACAAGUGAAGAUGUGGCCAUUACUCUCUGGUGGACAACCAGUAACUGUUGCUAUGCAUGAUGCUCCUGUUAAAGAGGUUGCUUGGAUUCCAGAAAUGAACCUUUUGGUAUCAGGAAGUUGGGACAAAACUCUAAGAUACUGGGACUUGAGGCAACCUAAUCCAGUUCACACUCAACAACUUCCUGAGAGAUGCUAUGCACUUACAGUGAGACAUCCAUUAAUGGUAGUUGGCACUGCAGAUAGAAAUCUUAUAGUAUUCAACUUGCAAAAUCCUCAGGCUGAGUUUAAGAGAAUUGCCUCCCCCUUAAAGUAUCAAACUAGGUGUGUUGCUGCAUUUCCUGAUCAACAAGGCUUCUUGGUUGGGUCAAUUGAAGGGAGAGUUGGUGUGCAUCAUCUUGAUGAACAACAACAAAGUAAAAACUUCACUUUUAAAUGCCACAGAGAAGGGAAUGAUAUAUACUCAGUCAAUUCUCUCAACUUUCAUCCAGUCCAUCAAACAUUUGCAACUUCUGGAUCUGAUGGUGCUUUUAACUUCUGGGAUAAAGACAGCAAACAAAGAUUGAAGGCGAUGUCAAGAUGCAGUGCACCUAUACCUUGCAGCAGUUUCAACAAUGAUGGUUCCAUUUUUUGCCUAUGGGGUAUGUUAUGA